AUGAGUAAAGCUCCAGCCGUUGGUAUAGAUUUGGGAACCACUUUCUCCUGUGUUGGUGUGUUCCAACAUGGCAAGGUUGAUAUCAUUGCAAAUGAUCAGGGCAAUCGUACUACUCCUAGUUAUGUCGCGUUCACAGAACACGAGCGUUUGAUUGGCGAUGCAGCUAAGAACCAAGUAGCCAUGAACCCUGACAACACAGUGUUCGACGCCAAACGUCUUAUUGGUCGUCGAUUCGAAGAUCAAGUUGUACAGGAUGAUAUGAAACAUUGGCCUUUCCAUGUGGUCAACGCUGGAGGCAAACCGAAGAUCGAGGUAAUGUACAAGGGUGAGAAGAAGUCGUUCUUUGCAGAAGAGAUCUCCUCCAUGGUGUUGUUGAAGAUGAAGGAGACAGCUGAGGCUUACCUUGGGAAAACAGUGAAAGAUGCAGUCAUUACUGUGCCGGCCUACUUCAACGACUGUCAGCGUCAAGCCACGAAGGAUGCUGGUGCCAUAUCGGGCUUGAACGUUCUUCGAAUCAUCAACGAGCCCACUGCGGCUGCCAUCGCGUAUGGUUUGGACAAGAAGGUGGGAGCUGAACGCAAUGUGUUGAUCUUUGAUUUGGGUGGCGGCACCUUUGAUGUGUCCAUUCUCUCGAUUGAGGACGGCAUCUUCGAGGUGAAGUCGACUGCUGGUGACACGCACUUGGGUGGUGAAGAUUUUGAUAAUCGUUUGGUUAAUCAUUUUGCUAACGAAUUCAAGCAAAAGUACAAGAAGGACAUAAAGGGAAAUAAGAGAGCUAUUCGUCGUUUAAGAACUGCAAGCGAGAGGGCAAAGAGAACCCUCAGUUCCAGUGCUCAGGCCAAUAUCGAGAUCGACUCAUUGUUUGAGGGCAUAGAUUUCUAUACCACCAUUACUCGUGCUCGAUUCGAGGAACUUUGUGGUGAUCUGUUCAGAGACACUCUUAUACCAGUUGAGAAAGCCCUGCGUGAUGCUAAAAUGGAUAAGGGCUUAAUCCAUGAAAUUGUAUUAGUUGGAGGUUCGACGCGUAUUCCAAAGGUGCAGAAGUUGCUGCAGGACUUCUUCAACGGUCGUGAGUUGAACAAGUCGAUCAAUCCGGACGAGGCAGUGGCGUACGGAGCGGCUGUGCAGGCGGCAAUAUUGUCAGGUGACAAGUCGGAGGCAGUGCAGGAUCUGCUCCUCUUGGAUAUUACUCCAUUGUCUCUUGGUCUGGAGACCGCGGGUGGUGUGAUGACACCUCUCAUCAAACGCAAUACUACAAUUCCAACCAAACAGACACAGACCUUCACUACGUACUCGGACAACCAGCCAGGUGUGUUGAUUCAGGUGUACGAGGGUGAGCGUUCGAUGACUAAGGAUAACAAUCUGUUGGGGAAGUUUGAGUUGUCUGGCAUCCCUCCGGCUCCUCGUGGUGUGCCUCAGAUAGAGGUGACCUUCGACAUAGACGCCAAUGGUAUCUUGAAUGUGUCGGCGGUGGACAAGUCGACGGGUAAGGAGAACAAGAUCACGAUCACCAAUGACAAGGGUCGUUUGUCGAAGGAGGAGAUAGAGAGAAUGGUGAAUGAUGCUGAAAAGUAUAAGGAUGAGGAUGAGAAGCAACGUUUACGUGUUUCAGCGAAGAAUGCUUUGGAGAGCUAUGCCUUCACUAUGAAGUCCACUGUUGAGGAUGAUAAGGUGAAAGAGAAGAUUCCCGUGCAAGAUCGAAACAGAAUCCUAGAAGCAUGCAGUGAAGUAGUCCAAUGGUUGGAUUCUCAUCAAACAGAUGAAAAGGAGACGUAUGAACAGAAGCAAAAAGAGCUUGAAAAUAUCUGCAAUCCAAUCAUCACUAAAAUGUAUCAAGAAGCCAGCGGUAGUACAGGCGAAAGACCUGGAGGUGUCCCUCAUGCCCAUACCGGCGGCGCUCCAGGAGGUCCAACUAUUGAAGAAGUUGAUUAA